CCUACCCCUCACCCGACCCGCAAAUCCCUUCACACGUUCGUUGCCCGCAAGACCAAAACGGAACGGGAAAGAGAAAUUAAGCCACAACAGAACCUCCAAAUUCCUGAAUUUCAUAUAUUUAAUCGCCGAAGAUGAUCGUUGUCUUCUGGUAGAUAAUUCAGAUUUUCAGUUUAUUUAUCGGCAAAUAUGAACCAGAAGGCCAACGUAUCCAAGGAGCUCAAUGCCAAGCACAAAAAAAUUCUUGAAGGGCUUCUUAAGUUGCCAGAGAAUAGGGAAUGUGCUGACUGCAAAGCUAAAGGUCCUCGAUGGGCUAGUGUGAAUCUAGGCAUCUUUAUAUGCAUGCAAUGUUCUGGAAUCCACAGAAGCCUUGGGGUCCACAUAUCAAAGGUGAGAUCUGCUACACUGGACACAUGGCUACCCGAUCAGGUUGCAUUUAUCCAGUCAAUGGGAAAUGUGAAAGCAAAUAGUUACUGGGAAGCAGAACUACCUCGAAACUAUGACAGGGUUGGCAUUGAGAACUUCAUUAGGGCAAAGUAUGAAGAAAAGAGAUGGGCUGCUAAAGAUAGAAUACCCAGUUCGCCCUCGAGGUUUCAAGAAAACAAAGCCCCUAUACAAUUUCAGAAACCUACUGAAAGAUCAAGUCCAUCAAACGAAAAGAAAAUCUUUCAGACACGUGUCACAAAAACCAACAUGCCUACUACAAAAAUCAGUCUCCCUGUGCCUCCAAAAGCAUCUGAACCCGUGAUACGGAAAGCUGAGUCAGCAGGCUCAUGUGGUGAGGUGGCAAAGGAGAAUGCUGAAGUUGUCUCUCCUCCUAAAGUUGAGGUUGCAACUGAUCUUUUUGACAUGCUUUCUAUGCAUGAUUGCUCUGCUGAUAAUGGGUCAGUAGCAACUCCUACAGAUGAUAUGUGGGCAGGAUUCCAAUCUGUUGGAGAAACAUCGGCUACAGGGACAAGAAGCUCUUCAGAACCUGCAGAUAAUAACAAAGUCAAAUCCACUUCUGAAAUUGAGGAUUUAUUCAAAGAUUCGUCUAAAUCUCCAAUGUCACAAAAUAAUAAUAAUAAUAAUAAUAUUAAUAAUGCAUCACCAUUAAAGCCUCAGAAGGAUGUUAAAGAUGAUAUUUUGAGCCUAUUUGAAAAGGGCAAUAAUACAAGCACACCAUAUACUCUUCAUCAACAGCAACUUGCCAUGCUGGCACAACAGCGACAGCUGCUCAUGGCGGCUGCAGCUAAAUCUGGCGGCUUACCUAAAUUUCCUGAAAACGGGCAACAGCAAGUGGCGGCUGCGGUUGGUGGUACAAAUUUGCCACCCAAUCAGAGCUGGCCAAAUGUUGGCUACCAAAUUCCUGGAACUGGAAUGAUGAUGCCAACUGUUGGAAAAGAUGAAGAAAAAUAUUUGCAGGAGAUGAAAAACAUGGGAGCAGCAAAUUCAGGUGGACAGCUUCCAACUUCCAGCUUUUACAACAUGGGGCAAAAUGCAAGUACAAAUGGGAUGGGGCAAAAUCAAAAUUCUUUUAACAACAUGGGAGUGGGAGUGGGAUCAUCAAAGAAGCCACAAUCAUCAACUACUCCAACAUCAUCAUCUCUAUCUCCUACACAGUCUGCCAAAGACUAUGAUUUUUCGUCCUUGACUCAAGGCUUUUUCUCAAAACCAUGACCAUCACCUUUUUUUCUAUGCAACUUCUAUCAUCAUCAUCAUCAUCAUCAUCAU